CUCGCGGCACAAACUGAGAGUAUUGUCGGGGGCUAUUCUCUCUCCCAGGAACAUGGCGGCGAGUCAGGGAGGAGGUGGUAACAGUGGGGGCGGCGGCUGCGGUGGAGGUGGAAGUGGCGGUGGCGGUGGCGCGGCCGGAGCGGGAGGUGGCGGAGCCGUAGGGGGAAGCGGCGGCGGCGGCGGGAGCCUAGUGGUGCCCAUCCCGGUGGCGACUCUUUUCGGCCAACCGUUCCCUAACGGGCCGCAGUGGAACGCGGGGAGCCUGCAGUCUCAGCACACCGUAAGGAGCCUGGACCGGGCCCUGGAGGAGGCGGGCAACUCUGGCAUCCUGAGCCUCAGUGGUAGGAAACUCAGAGACUUCCCGGGCAGUGGCUACGACCUGACGGACACCACCCAAGCAGAUCUUUCAAGAAAUCGUUUUACAGAAAUUCCUUCUGAUGUCUGGUUAUUUGCACCACUUGAAACAUUGAAUUUAUAUCAUAAUUGCAUCAAAACCAUUCCUGAAGCCAUUAAGAACCUACAAAUGUUAACAUAUCUUAACAUUAGUCGAAAUCUUUUAUCUUCAUUGCCAAAAUACCUAUUUGAUCUUCCCCUUAAAGUUUUGGUCGUCAGUAAUAAUAAACUGGUAUCCAUUCCAGAGGAAAUUGGGAAGUUAAAAGAUUUAAUGGAAUUGGAUAUUAGCUGCAAUGAGAUUCAGGUCCUUCCCCAACAAAUAGGAAAAUUACAUUCACUUAGAGAGCUAAAUAUAAGAAGAAAUAAUCUUCAUGUGUUGCCAGAUGAAUUAGGAGAUCUUCCCUUAGUCAAGCUGGAUUUCUCUUGUAAUAAAGUGACCGAAAUUCCAGUUUGUUACAGAAAGCUACAUCAUUUACAAGUGAUCAUUUUGGAUAACAAUCCAUUGCAAGUACCACCAGCACAGAUAUGCUUAAAGGGUAAAGUGCACAUAUUUAAAUACUUAAAUAUCCAAGCAUGUUGCAGAAUGGAUAAGAAACCAGAUUCUUUGGAUCUUCCAUCACUGAGUAAAAGAAUGCCCUCCCAGCCUCUCACAGACAGUAUGGAAGACUUUUAUCCAAAUAAAAAUCAUGGCCCUGACUCUGGAAUUGGAAGUGAUAAUGGGGAGAAACGAUUGUCUACAACAGAAGGGCUGCACCAGUUUGCAUUCCCACCAACAGUGUCUUGCAAAAAAGAAAUGCCAUCAGAUGAUGAUACAAUCAGCCUUCACUCUCAGGUCUCCGAGUCAAAUAGGGAACAAUUAUCUAGAAAUGACAGUCACUCCGUAGGAAGUAAACCUGAUUUUCAGAAAGACCAGGAAGUAUAUGAUUUUGUUGACCCCAACACAGAAGAUGUAGAAGUUCCUGAACAAGUUGAUGUACAUAUUGGAUCACUUGUCUCUUUUCUUAAGGGAAAAGAGAAAGGCCCUGAAAAAUCUCAAAAUGAUGAGGAAUUAGGAUAUGAAAAAAGACUUGGAAAAGAACAGUUUCUCACAGAGGAAGAGGAUGAUGAUUUGAAAGAUGUAACUGAUUUAAGGAAAAUAGCUGCUCAAUUAUUGCAGCAAGAGCAGAAGAACAGGAUUCUUAAUCAUUCAACUUCUGUUACAAGAAACAAGCCAAAACAGACUGUGGAAUGUGAAAAGAGCAUCUCAGCAGAUGAGAUUAAUUCUCCAUUAUCACCCCUCACGUGGCAGCCCUUAGAAAAUCAGAAGGAUCAAACAGAUGAGCAACAAUGGCCAGAAACUCAACCUAUAAUCUGGUCAAGUGAAGAAAGGAGGCGGAGCAAACAGAUUAGAAAAGAAUAUUUCAAGUAUAAAUCUUCAAGGAAGAGUUCAAGUGGAAAUGAAAAUGAUGAGCAAGACAGUGAUCAUGCUAAUAUGUCACCACAAUCUCCAGUAUCAUCUGAGGAAUAUGAUAAAACUGAUGGUUUUUCACAUGGUCCCUUUGGCUUGAAGCCUAGAUCAGCUUUCAGCCGUUCUUCUCGCCAAGAAUAUGGGGCAGCAGAUCCAGGAUUUACAAUGAGAAGAAAGAUGGAACAUCUACGGGAAGAACGAGAACAAAUACGACAACUUCGCAGUAAUCUAGAAUCCAGGUUAAAAGUAAUUUUGCCUGACGACAUUGGAGCUGCACUGAUGGAUGGGGUUGUUCUCUGCCAUUUAGCCAAUCAUAUAAGGCCACGCUCUGUAGCUAGUAUUCACGUACCAUCACCAGCAGUGCCUAAACUAAGCAUGGCAAAAUGUCGAAGAAAUGUAGAGAAUUUUCUUGAUGCUUGUAAAAAGUUGGGUGUUUCACAGGAAAGACUCUGUUUGCCUCAUCAUAUUUUGGAAGAAAGAGGUCUUGUGAAAGUUGGUGUCACAGUUCAGGCUCUUCUUGAAUUACCUCCAAACAAGGCAUCUCAACUUUCUACAGCUUGAUACAACAUAUAAAAAUCCUAUACUCUCAUUAUUUGAAGUGAUUUGAAAUAUCUCAAAAUCUUCAGUAAGAAUGUCUAAUGAAGGCUUGAUCCAGUAAAUUCUUCUAAGAUUUCUCAAGUCAAGUCUUGGGUUUAAAAUAAUUGUAUUGAAACAACAAAUUAAAUCUGUAAUUGCUAAACUUCUUUUGGGGGGGGGGGAAACUGGAUUGACUUGAGAGUUUGUGAUAAAUCCCAAUUACCUUUCUAAUUCAGUUGAUAACCUUUGUUCUUUUUCAAAUUAAGAUUGAUGCUAAAUUGAAUACUCUGGUUUCUAUUCAGGUCACACAAAUCUUUCACCUUUUACUAAAUUGAAAAUGUGGUUCAAUUAUAAUCACAUUAUAUUUAAUUUUUUAUGUCAUACUAGUAAACAUCUGAAUAUGGUACUCAUUUUUUACUUACUUAAAGCAUUUCUGUAUUUGAGUUAUUUAAUACACUUCUAAUUCUAGUUUAUGCACAAUUUCUUCUAUCUUUGGUCUUAGUUUUCUAGGAAUAAAAUGAGUAGAAAAUACAGAAUUCUGACUUGAUAUUAAAUUCUUUAUAGCAUUAUAGGUCGGUGCCAAAAUAUUUUCAGUUGUACUGUAGAUUGUUUACAUGUGAAGUGCCUGUGUAACUGAUACUCUUAUAUAGUCUUAAGCAUUUUUGCAACUUCUUUUUAUGUAUUAACAGAAUCAACAAAAUUUACAAUAUUUUAGUAGAUUUUUGGUAAGGUCAGUGAUAUGUGAGGAUUUGAAUUUACCUCACAUUGUGACAUUUGUGUUUUUUUUUUUUUUUAAUUUAGUUCAUUGCAUUUCCCUGUAAGUUCAUUAUUUGAUAAUAUCCAAAAAGGAGAAAAAAAUGUUGAUAUGCUUAAUUUAUGCUAUUUAAUUUUGCAAAUCUUAGUAACCUUUUAUAAUGUAUUAUUUGAAGAGUCUUAUUUCUGUGGUAAAAAUAUUACACAAAACAGUAACCUUUUUGAGAACUUGCAAAGUGCUAAUUAUCAAGGACAUUUUGAUAAAACUGCCAUAGUUGGGUGUAUGUCUUCACUUUCAUGAAUAUUACAUCAUUGUGCUUCCUUUUAAUUAUAGUCAGAUAACAGCAGUUGAAGAAUAGGGUCUUAUUUGAAAUCUGGUCAUUUGUAGAUCUUGUAAAUUUUAUGAUCCUCAGUUCACAUGAUGCUUUUAUUAAACACAUUUUGUUCUAUAAAUAUUUUCAUAAGUAUACUGUGUUACAUAAAGUCUCUUUAAAUUUAGAGAUGUUGCUGAAUUUUUGUUGGAAAUACAAGAGAAUUUCAAAACAUUAACUUGGUUUCCUGUAGAAAAACUUCAGUAUAGUAAUACUUUUGUAGUAGGCAAGCAAGUAUAUCUUAAAUAUGUGAUGAUUUUGCACUUAUUACCUCUUAAUAUGGAUGCAAUUUAUUAAAAAUGUCAACUUGGAUAUUUGAAAGGGUAUAUAUAAAUGGCAAAAACUAGUGUGCCAAAUAGGUAAGUGUUGGUAUAGGCAUAACUUUUUUGAUCAGUUAGCAUGAAAUCACAUAGUUAAAAUGUGGCUUUAGAAUACAUGUAUGUUCUUUCCAUUACCUAAAAGUUAAAUUGUAGCAUU